AUGAAAUAAUUAAAUAUUAUUAAAUAAAAACUAGAACCAUUAAAUUUACCUAUUCAUCAUUAGUAGCAACAUCAAUAUUCACUUUAAAUAAGAAAACCAGCCUUUAGUUUAUAUGAGCAAACUACUUCUAGACAGAGUCACUAAAGAAAAAAGUAGAAGCAAGUAAAUGUUACUUAAAAUUCACCUCCAAAAUAUUAAGAAGAGCAGACUUUGAUUGAUAAAUACGGAUUAGAUGAUAGAUUUCAAUACACUCUUAGAAUGUCUGUUAGAACCAAACAAGGGAUGAUGAUAGGAAAUCCCACCAAAUAAAAUCAAGACUCAUAUAUCCUACAGUCCAACAUCUCCAACAAAACAUAUAUGCAUUAUUUCUUAGUCUUUGAUGGACAUGGAGCCAAUGGACAUCAUGUGUCCAAUUUCCUUAAGCAAUAAUUUCAACUCUACAUUACCCAAUUUUCAUCAUUAUUAGAAAAUAAUCCUUAUAUUGCCAUAUCAACUAUCUUCACUCAUGUGUCUCAAGCCUUGAAUCAAUCAGGAAUCGACUUGAAGUACUCUGGAUCUACAGUCAUAGGACUCUUUAUGCUGCACAACAAAAUUUAUUGUUCGAAUUUGGGGGAUUCCAGAGCAAUCAUGUUGACUCGCACCAAUAGAUGGCUGCUCAAAUAUUUAUCCAGAGAUCACAAGCCCUAAUGUGCAGAUGAGGCCUAAAGAAUAAUAAAUUAUGGGGGCAGGAUCGAUUCUUAUAGAGAUCCAAAAGGCUUACCAUACGGCCCCCUAAGAGUUUGGAACAACGCGAAUGUUCCUGGAUUGGCCAUGACUCGAUCAAUGGGGGAUUAGGUGGCCAAGAAAGUUGGAGUGAUUGACAAGCCAGAGAUUUUCAAUUUUACUAUGGAAAUUAUGGAUAGAGCCUUGUUGAUUGGAUCAGAUGGACUUUUCGAGUUUCUGACUUAGUAAGAUAUAUUGGACGCUGUAACUCCACACUUAAAUAAUAUUGAGAAGGCCUGCAAUCACCUUUUGGAGAUGGCUCAUGUAAGUUGGUUGUAGAGAGGGUCCAAAAUGAUAGAUGAUAUAACUUUUAUUUUAAUUUUUUUAUAAUAUUGA